AUGGAGCUAUCCGGGGCAGAUGAUGUGGAAGAGCUGCUGGCACUACUGGGCCUGCCCAGCGAACUGGUGCUCGCGGUCUACCAGUACGGCUCCAGGGUGACUGGCACGGCGUGGGCGGGGUCUGACUGGGACUUCACCAUCGUCGUCGAUGACUCGUUCGAGCCGAAUGCCCCCGACAUUGCGCACGACAUGCGCGCGCUCACGUGCCUCUGGCUGCCGCCCCAGCACGUGUGGCGGCAGACCGUUGACUUUGCGAGCUACUUCCAUCUCGACCUGAGCGUAUUGAGGAACCCGGUGAGCACGAUUUCGAGCAAGGCAUUCGGCUAUGCCACCAUCUGCUUCCGCGAGGGGCACACCCACAAGGCCAAAAAGAAUCUCAUCCACUCCAUCAGGUAUCUGCUGUAUGGGAUCCAGAUUGUCGAGCGAGGGCGGAUCGACGACUUCUCGGAUGGGAACGAGUACUACUACGCACUCGUGCGGCCGGUCUCGGAGGCCGCACACAACGACGCGAACUCGUGCGACGACGCGACCCGGCACUCGCGGACAGGUCCAGCCCCACCGGCGGAUGGUGGCGACGUCGAGGGCGAGGACGAAGAGGCCCUGAGAGACGAGUACAGGCGGAUCGCCAAGGACACCCACGCCCGGUUCGACCGGCUGCUCCCGCCCAAGGCCAAGCGACCACGCAAGCCUCGCCGCCGAAAAGAAAAGGACGGAGGAGCCGACGCGCGUGGCGGAGAGGACCACGACGGUGACGCCUGA